GAGGGAACACCUCCGGUUAAGAGUGGGAGGACGCCCGAGGAAUCAGCUGGAAGGGGCACCAUUGCGAGGGAGUGGGCUCAGGAAGCUGGCGCAGAGCGGGAGCAUCUCAGGGAGGAGCGGGAGGAGGCAGGAGGAGGCGGGGAACCAGAGCCGGAGGGGAGCACAUCUGUGAGGGAGUGCGCAGAGGACCGAGCUGGCCUGGGAGGGCCAUGGUGUCCUGGAGGAGGAUAGGCAGGGAGCACCCUGCUUCUUCUGGAGGAGGAAUCUGGGGAGACUCGGGGGGCGAAAAGGAGUACCUGGAACUGGAUGUGUGAGGGGCUCCCAGUGGGAAAACCAGGAACAGUGGGAACAGCGCUGCUGUGGGCCAGGAGGGCUCUUGCUCCAAAGGAGCCUAGGCCCGUUGGGAUGGGGAAGCCUCCCUUGGUGUCAGGAGAGCAUGGGCGUUCCCCCCACCUGGUGAGGGAAGGAGAGGGAGUCCCACACCACCCACAGCUCUAGCGUCAAGCCCAUGGGCUUUGAGGACCCCCUGAGGUUUCUCUGGGGCAGCCCCACAGGCUUGGCGGGUGGGAGAGGCCAGGUCAGGCGAAGGCUGAGGAGUUUGAGAGUUUGAUGGAUUCUCAGAGCCUGGCUGCACCUGAGUGGAUGGCCCAGGACCCCAUUUUUUAGCUCUUAUGGGAGAGGGACUCAGCCUCCAGUCCUGGGGCUUGUGGCAUCUCUGGGCCCCUUGGUGAGAGGGCCCCUCUCCAGCCUCAGCUCUCCUGUCCAGUGGGGCCGUUGCUGGUCAGUGAUGAAUCUCAGGUCCCUUUUCUGUCCCCUGUGCUGGGUCACUGUAGGCAGCUCACCCAACCUCUCUGGGCUUACUUUCCUCCUCCAGGUUCUCCCCUGUCCUCAGAGCAUUUGUGAGUCUGAGCUCCAUGAAAGAAUUCCUUUAAGAGUUAUUUAUUUCAUUCUGAUCACACUUUUCAGGACAAAUGGAGGCCCAAAGGGCAGUUACAAAAAAACAAAAAUGGUUUCUGUUCAGUUUUGGAAGACAUGGGAGGACUUUUUCUUUAAAUGCAUUGGGCUGAGUUGGGGAAUUGGUUUGCAUUGAGAGAGGUAACCCAGUUGCUAAGAGAUGGAGAGGCCAGCCAGAGAUGAAAACUUUUCGUGUAUAAUCUGUGGCCACCCACUGGGUCCCUGGGAGUUGCCUACAGCAGAAGAAGGGCAGGAGCACUGGUUUUGGAGUCCGACAGAUGUGCUCUGCCAUCCUGCCUCUGUGGCUGUGACACCAGCUUAGUUGUAGGUUCCAGGAGUUGCUGCGAGGGAGAGUGAAAUGUGUGUGAAAGUUGUUUGUAAACAGCAAGCCACUGUAAUUGUUAACGUUAGGGCCUAGUUUUGUUAGUAACAUUUCAGGCUCUGCCGUAUGGUGUUGUCCUUGUCAGGACCUCUCAAGAAGGUUUACCUCUGACAGCCAUUGUUAACACUGGACUGGCCUUAUUAUUUUUAUCUAACGGGGUUAAACUUGGCCUUCCGUGGCAAGAUAAAGCUGUCUUUAAGGGAAAGUGCUGAACAGUCAGGGCCCAGAGAAGCAACACAAUGAAUAUUUUGCAUGUCAGGAAGGAGGCAAAAGAGGAAAUGGAAUUGUAACCAAAUAAUACUUAUAAUAGUUAGGAGUUAUUUAGUUAGGCUAUUAAGCUCCAAGAAGACAGGGUAUUACCCUUAGCUGUUAGGUGUUACCCUUAGCUGUUAAAUUAGCUGGGCUGUUCCUUCUCUAGGGGCAGUGUUUUAACUGCUUUGUUCACUGCCAAGGCUCCAGUGCCUGGCACAUAGUAGGCCGAAAAGGGCCCUUUGAAGCCACUGGUGAAUUCACUCUCUCCUUUGACAGGUGGAGAAACAGGGUCAAGAGCGGAAGGGACUUGUCCAGGGUCACACAGGGAUUGACUGGCUUAGCUAGGACUAGAACCCAACAAAAAUAGUGGAGCCAAUGCCGUGGCAGAGCCAACACCUAGCGUUCGCAGCUUUGUUUUGCUUUUGCAAGAGGCCAAAAGCUGGCUAUUAUUGUCCUCUGAUUAUAAGUGGAGAAACAGGCUCAGAGAGGUUAAGGGACUUUAGCAAAGUCACACAACUGGUAAGUUCCAGGCCUGAAAUCCCAUUCUCACCUAAAAAUGGGGGCCUGGCUUCUCUUGAAAGAGUCUGCCAAGGUGAGUGGUAGAUGCCCUCCCUUGGGGCCCCAGCUCUGCAGUGCUCCACAGUCACCAGCUGGGCGGCUUCCCUCUGGGCUGGAUUUCCCGAGGCCCGUGGGCUUUUCGUUUGUGUGGGUGAGCUCUGUCCGGGCAGGGAGCCUGUGCCCCAGCCUUGUAGCCGUGUGCCUGGCAUAUAGAAAGCACUGAGUAAAAUCUAUGGGAUGGGUCUAACCCGGGGCUCUCCACCUCCAAAGCCCAUUUACUACCCCAUCCUCCCAACCUGGUCUGCUAUUUUUGCUCCCAGAGGAACUGGAGGACUCUUUGACAGUGUGUAUCAGGUGGAGGCCAGGAGGAACUAGGGGUGGCAAGCCUUGAUUGAGGAGGGAGGUGAGGAGGUUGACCUUGAGUUCAGGAAAAGGGGAAUGUGAACUCGGAGGGCUGGGGAGGUGAGAGGGGAGAGGAGGAAGGAGCUGCUCAGACUGACACAGGAACCCUGACUUGGACCCUGGAGAUCUGAAUGCCGAAGUUCAGACAACCUGGAAGCCUUCCAAACCUGCAGGACAUGCCCCGGCUGGGCCACGUGCCCCAUGUGCCUUUCGGAUUACCUGCCAGGGCGGUCUGUCCUCUUUACCCUCCCGUGGGCUGCUGGGGCAGACGCCCUUUUCCCUGGGCAUUUCACUUCCCAGCCACCUCUGCUGGGUCUGUGGGCAAGGCAAAUCUUCCAGGAUCUGUGAAUCCAGAAAGGUUCCUCUGAAUGGUCUUUGCUGAGAGCACUUUAAUUAUUAAAUAAGGUCCGUGCUCCAGAAGUCCAAACUGCAACCAAAUUCCCCUGGUCCCUAAAUGCACCUUCAGAGAAAGGUAAAUAUUUAAAGAGACAGAGAUAACUUUCUAAGGCCUCCAAAUCCAGUGGAACUAGCAAUUGAGGGCUAAAAGAGGACUGAGCUUUUUAGAGAACCCCAAGGAAAUCUCUCAGGCUGGGGAUAUUUUAAAUACUACUAUUAUUAGUAAUAUUAGUUACUACUACUAUUAAUAAUUAAUAAUAAUAGCAAUCAUUUAUUGAGUCUCUAAACUGUGCUUAAACUUUGUUCUAGUAAAUUUAAUCUUUGCAGCAAUCUAUGAGGUAGAUAUUAUAAUUCCUAUGGGGGAGCUAAGGAUCAGAGAAGGUGAGUCCCUUGUCUCAGGUCACACAGCUAGUAUGUUAUGGAAUUGGGAGUCAAACCUGAUUUGUCCAAAUCUGAAGUCCAUCUCCUUCACGAGCCUUUCGAGUGUCUGUUUUCUUUUCUAUUCCUAACUUCCUUGCGUUCUGAUUCCCACUGAGUAGGGGACAGAAGCCAGUCAAGUUUGCCUGACAUCCAUCAACCAGGCCCUGGACACCUGGUCUCAGCCUAGCUUUGCCCACCUGGCCGUGUGAUCUUGGGUAAGUCACAGCUUUCCUGCUAGCCCUCGGUUUCACUCGAUGUUUCAUGCAGACGUUAAGGGAGCUUCUUUCUGCCUCGGAGGCCUGGCUAGGAGGGCAGAGUGUCGCCUGGAUUUGAUCAAUGCGGUAAUGGGGGGAAGGGUAGAGGUGUGGAGGUUGUCUUUAGCCCCACCCUCUGGUGGUGACAUCACACAAGACACCUCCAGUCCCUGGAAGCCCCACCCCUAGUGACCCUCACCUGUGGAAGUGCCACCCAGGACCCGGCAUCUGGCGAAUUUUCCCAGUCCCACAGCAGAAGUCAUCAGCCCCCAGGCUUGAGAGAAACCCCUAGCCCCUGUCUGGCCCGCAGCCAUGGCCACGAUGGUGGCCCAGAAGCUCAGCCACCUCCUGCCCAGUUUGCGGCAGGUCCCCCAGGAGCCUCAGCCAUCUGUGCAGCCAGCCAGUGUCUUCACAGUGGACCGAGCUGAGGUGCCGCCCCUCUUCUGGAAGCCGUACAUCUAUGUGGGCUACCGGCCGCUGCAUCAGACCUGGAGCUUCUACUUCCGCACGCUGUUCCGGCAGCAUAAUGAGGCGGUGAACGUAUGGACCCACCUGCUGGCGGCCCUGGUGCUGCUGCUGCGGCUGGCUGUCUUGGCGGGGACUGUGGACUUCUGGGGAGACCCGCACGCCCUGCCUCUCUUCAUCCUUAUCCUCACCGCCUUCACUUACCUCUCCCUCAGUGUCUUGGCUCACCUCUUGCAGGCCAAGUCCGAGUUCUGGCAUUACUGCUUCUUCUUCCUGGACUACGUGGGUGUGGCCGUGUACCAGUUUGGUAGUGCCCUGGUGCACUUCUACUACGCCAUCGAGCCCGCCUGGCAUGCCCAGGUGCAGGCUGUUUUCCUGCCCAUGGCUGCCUUUCUCGCCUGGCUUUCCUGCGCUGGCUCUUGCUACAACAAGUACACCCAGAAGCCCGGCUUGCUGGGCCGCACUUGCCAGGAGGUGCCCUUGGCACUGGCUUACGCACUGGACAUCAGCCCCGUGGUACACCGCAUCCUGGUCUCCCCCGACCCUGCCACGGACGACCUGGCUCUUCUCUACCACAAGUGCCAGGUGGUCUUCUUCCUGCUGGCUGCGGCUUUCUUCUCAGCCUUCGAGCCUGAGCGCUGGUUCCCCGGCAGCUGCCACUUCUUUGGGCAGGGCCACCAGGUCUUCCACGUGUUCCUGGUGCUGUGCACGCUGGCUCAGCUGGAGGCUGUGGUGCUGGACUAUGAGGCGCGGCGGCCCAUCUAUGAGCCUCUGCACACCCGCUGGCCCCACAACUUCUUUGGCCUCUUCCUACUCACCAUGGGCAGCAGUGUCCUCACCGCAUUCCUCCUGAGCCAGCUGGUUCGGCGCAAACUCCAUCAGAAGACCCAGUGAAGGGGGGUGGCAUCUGGUAGGGAGGGAGGUAUAGUGGGGACCCAGGGGUCCAGGCUUGGCUCCAGAUGGGAACAGGCCUGGUAAAGUUGUUUGUGUCUGGCCCGUGGUAGCUCUCUGUAUAUGCCUCAGCUGCCAAGGGCAGCACUGGGCAGUCCUUGAAUUUGGGGAUUGGCCAGGAACUGCUGGGGUCCACUCCUGGGCCUGCCCCAGCUCCCUGCCCCGGGAGAGGGACAGAGAUAAAGAUGUGGGCCACCCUGGUUUGCCUCCCCAUGUUCCCUUUCACUAGGGGUAAGGAUAGGGGUGGUCAGCUGGGGCCAGGAUCAUCUGAGAGGGGGUGAAGGUGGGAUUUAGGCCAGUCAGAUUUGAGCUGAGAGGCAGGGGAGGCCUCAGCAACCCCCUCUACCCAGAUUUCAUUGGUGGACACGGAAGGGGUAGGCCCCAAGUGUGUGCAGGAGCUUACCGUUCCUUGAACCCCAGCCUGGAGUUUUGGAGCUCCAGAGAGUCCCCAAAGGUAGAAGAUUGUGCCAGGCGGAAAUGGAUGCCAUCCAGUGCCCCAUACCUCUUCAGUCACUGCUCUAGACAGGGAGCCCAACCCUCUGGCUCUGGCCUCUGUGUCCCACACAUCCUGUUCCCAGCCUCUCUCCUGGUUCCCUUGUUUAUGAUUCAGUUAUCCAUUUAGUGUUUCCUGGGCCUCUGCUCAGAGGUGGGCCACCGACUGGGCCCUGUGGAUCAAUACAGGAUAAGAAAGACUUUAAAAUCAGAAUGAACUGUCAGGGGAAGCACUGAAGAGGGAAUAAUCAGUGUUGCUUGGGCCCCUCAGGGUCUGGGGUUGGGAAGGGUGAAUAGGAGUUUGCAGAUGCAGGAAGGGCAUUCCAGGCAGGGGGAAAAACCUGUACAAAGGUCAAGAGGUAUGGAAGGAGGAGUUUGGUGGGGCUGGAGCUAGGGGUGAUCUGGACUCUGAUAUGUCCUGGAUGCAAUAAAGUGACUGUGAUAACA